AUGAUCUUAAAUUUUCAAGUAUAUUCAACAGUAUUAUCUGGCUUUGAUUUUGAUCCUGACAAGUUCUGCAAGACUCUGGCAAUGAAGAACGGCACUUCAACUUCUGAUUUUAUCCUCUUGGGGCUUCUGGUGAGCAGCCGGAUGACAGGAUUUGUCUUCACAGUGAUUCUUGCUAUUUUCGUGGUGGCUGUAACUGCAAAUUUGAUGAUGAUAUUUUUGAUUCAGGUGGACUCCCGCCUCCACACACCUAUGUACUUUUUGCUCAGCCAGUUGUCUAUCAUGGACACUCUUUUCAUUUGUACGACUGUCCCAAAGCUCUUAGUUGACAUGGUAUCACAAGAGAAGACCAUUUCCUUCGUGGGCUGUGGCAUCCAAAUAUUUCUUUAUUUGACCAUGAUUGGUUCAGAGUUCUUUCUUCUAGGCCUGAUGGCCUAUGACCGCUAUGUGGCCGUCUGUAACCCACUCCGGUAUCCAGUCCUGAUGAACCGCAAGGUAUGUCUCCUUCUGGCUGCUGGUGCCUGGUUUGGUGGGUCUCUUGAUGGCUUUUUGCUCACUCCCAUCACCAUGAAUGUCCCCUAUUGUGGCUCCCGCAACAUCAACCAUUUCUUCUGUGAAAUCCCUGCAGUUCUAAGACUAGCCUGUGCAGACACAUCAUUGUACGAAACUCUGAUGUACAUCUGCUGUGUACUCAUGCUGCUCAUCCCAAUCUCUAUCAUCUCCACUUCCUACUCUCUCAUCUUGUUAACAGUCCACCGCAUGCGCUCUGCAGAAGGCCGGAAAAAAGCUUUUACCACUUGCUCAUCUCACUUGACUGUGGUCAGCAUUUUCUAUGGGGCUGCCUUCUACACCUAUGUGCUGCCCCAGUCAUUCCACACCCCUGAGCAAGACAAGGUAGUGUCAGCUUUCUACACCAUCAUCACACCUAUGCUCAACCCUCUGAUCUACAGCCUCAGGAAUAAGGAUGUUAUGGGGGCAUUAAAAAAAGUAUUUGCACGGUGUUCAUCUGCUCAUAAAGUAACAUCCAAUAAUGCUUAG